CAGUUAAAUUUUACCCACCGAUGCCGUACGCAAGAAAGAAUCUCCUCUAAAAGAAAGCGAGUUGAGGUACAGGUCCAGGAUAUCAUCCGGAUCCGGGUCUCAAAACCAUGGGAAAACUGCACGUGAAGGUGGCCGUGAUCGGAGCCGGCAUGUCUGGUCUUGUUGCAGCCAGGGAGCUCUACCGAGAGGGGCACCAAGUGAUGGUGUUCGAGAGUGGCAGCGAUGUUGGAGGCACGUGGCUGUACGACCCUCGGGUCGAAUCUGACCUGCUGGGGUUGGAUCCAGGCCGUGAUGUCGUCCAUACCAGCAUGUACCGAUCGCUCCGGGUGAACCUGCCGAGGCAACUCAUGGGUUUCUCGGACUACCCAUUUCUCAAUAAGGGAUGCAGCGACCUGGGAAGCUUCCCGGGUCACGAGGAGGUGCUCCGGUUCUUGCACGGCUUCGCAGAGGAUUCUGAGCUGGUCGAGCUGAUUCGGUUCAGGCACGAAGUGGUUCGGGUCGAGCAAGCCAUCGAGGAAGGGCGGGACCUGUGGGCCGUGGAGUGGCGGAUGCGCGGUGGGGAGGAGGCGGCAGGCAUGGAGGUUUUUGAGGCUGUGGUGGUUUGUAACGGCAAGUGCACACAACCAAAGAUUGCUGAAUUUCCAGGGAGAUCUACAUGGCAAGGAGAACAACUACAUAGUCAUAAUUAUCGAGUUCCUGAACCAUAUAAAGAUAAGAUUGUGUUGAUAAUAGGAAGAGGGACUAGCGCAGGUGACAUAGCCAAAGACAUCUUACCUUUUGCAGGAGAAGUUCAUCAGGCCUCAAGAGAAACAAUUUCCCAAGUUGUGGAUUUAAGAAAAGUCGCUGGGGUCUUCCAACAUCCCAUGAUUGCAUGUGCCGAAGAAGAUGGCAGAGUAGUGUUCCAAGAUGAAUCAUCUAUAUAUGCAGAUGUCAUCAUCCAUUGCACUGGAUAUAGAUACCAUUUUCCAUUUCUAAAGACAAAGGGACUCGUGAGUGUGGAUAACAACCGCGUGGGGCCUUUAUAUAAACAUAUUUUCCCGCCAAGCCUAGCUCCUUGGCUCUCUUUCAUUGCCAUACCCUUUCUGACUUUUCCGGCACCACUUUGUGAAUUACAGUCGAAGUGGGUGGCCAAGGUUUUGUCUGGAGAAUUGGUGUUGCCAAGUGAAGAAGAUAUGAUGUCUUUAGUUCAAGAACAUUACCAGCGCAUCGAAGAGCUUGGAUGGCCCAAGCAUUGCACUCACAGACUUGAAGGGGGAAAGUUUGAGUACGAGAAGUGGCUUGGGGAUCAAUUGGGACUCCCAUCCAUGGAACAAUGGAGCGAAAAUAUGGUUCUCAUUGGACUCGAAUUGGGCAAAUUCCUGCAAUCUUCUCACGAAAAUUGGCGGGACAACUGGGAUGUUGAAAAGUGGAUGCAAGAAGAAGGGUUUGGCAAGAAAAUUCGUUGAAUUGUUUCUGAGCAUCAUUCGGAAUUCUUAUAACCACUUGAAAGAGAAAAGAGAGUUAAAAUAGAACAACAAGGAGUUUGAUAUGGAAGUGGGGCAUUUUUUACCUUUCAAUGCUCAUCUGACUCUACAUAAAUUUUAAAUUGCAUUGGUUGCAUUUCAAAUGUAGAUACAUUUAUAUAUACAUGUAG